GUACUUGAAUUGUAGAUCGUAGGAUGGAAGAGAAUAAAUUGUGAUUUGUGAUUACAACACAAUUAAAACAAUAAUGUCGCCGCAUUGACUUGUGCGCGAUUUUUAGCUAUAUUUUUUAAGUAUUCCGGAUCUAUACGUUACUUUAUAAUUUAACAUCGUUAUUCUUUAGUUAUAUUUAAUAGUUUUAGAUGAAUUCAACAAUGAAUUUAGUCAAGUAAAAAAAAAUGUAGUUUUGCCUAGUGGUGGUAAUGGAAUCCUUCGAAGAUUCAAAUUGCCCUUCAAUGAGCGAUAGUUUUUCAUUAUACGAACGUUACAUGAGAAGUUUUAACGUUAUUAAUAAUUUUGACGAUAAUCGUCACGAAAUAAGUGAUCCAUCAAGUAAUUGUGAGAGUUCAAAUUCUAACAGUGGCGGUAACAUCGACCUGUCUACUGUUAUUCAUUCUAACAUAGAUAAACACAGAGAAUCGAGUAAACCACGAUGCAGUUCAUUACACUCAGUUCUUGAUAAUGCCGGUAAAAUUAUAGAUCUAGAAUUGGUAAAAGUUGAUUCACCUUUUACUUCACCCGCAGCAUCGCUGUCGGAAACUUCUUCAGCCACGAAUCAUUGUCUCAACGAUAAGUCUGAAGUAAUAUCAGACGUCCCUGUAACCUCCGAGGAGUCAAGAUCGGAAGGAUUCAAGUCUGUAUUCAUAACCUCAACUAUGGAAAAUAGUAACAAUGCGGUAGACAGUGUACCCAUGUUUCGUGAUGUGAAAAGUACAGAGAGUGUUUUCAAAUUGCCAAUUAGUGAGCUUUCUUUUAAUGGUACUAUUUUAAAGCACGUCCAGAAAUUGAAACCUAUCGUGGAUCCAAUUACAGCUCUAAGUACUGCUCGAAGUGUGUUAAAUUUAAGUGACGAGCAUUGUCCGGAAUCUAUUGGAAAUAAUGAGAUUUUGUGUAAUAAUAGCAAAAAAUCGGACACCGCAAGUGACAGUGACGAUAAAAAUACUUUUGAAUCAAUAAAUACUAAUAAGCUUACAUCAAGUAGUUCAAGUUUACAAGAAGAAGAAGAGAAUUCAAAAAAAGAACAAUUGCAGAUAGAUGGAAAUUCAAAAUGGAAUUUGGACCAGAGUUACUCCUCCCUUGAUGCAUCAUAUGAUAGUGGAAUGCGUUCACCUGACAUGUUUUCUGAUGAAGACGACAUUGAACCAAGUCCACAACAAGUGCCAUUUUGGGAUUUUCUAAAAGAUUAUGAAACAUAUGACAAGAGAAAAGUUAGAAAAAUAGAGGAAACACUGAAGGGAAUAUUGCCACCACCAUCCGUCACAACACUAAGAACUGAUGUAACACAGAUGCUUAAGAAAUACUACUGUUUCCUCCCAGCUUUUAAUGAAGCACAAAAUUUAAAUGUAGAAGCUAACACAAUGACACCAACAAAAAAGGUUUCAUUCAUAAAAAUACCCCCAGGGACCAGUAGUAUAGAUGAUCUCCAAGAAACAGCAGUUGGUGUGGCGGUUGAAAAGUGUAAAGAGAGAAAUGAUAAAUCAGACUUUGAUGCUAACAUCAGUGCAAAUGAUAAGAGUAUUGAAUUAAAAUUGUGUUCGGAAAGUGAAGCUUUAGAGUCAGCUUGGCCGGAUGUAUUAAAAUGCAAAUACUACGAUGUCUAUUAUAAUAUCACUUCUUAUUCGGAGAAGAUUGAACAGUUGAUGCAACGUUAUGGCGAGAGAUUCAUUGGUGCUGAAACAGACACCAGUGUGAACAUUUACUCUGGUGGUCUCCAGUCACCAAGCAGUGCAAGCAAACGAAAAGCAAUGAGACUCAAGAUGGCUCAAGUGAAGUCGCCGGGUCGUCGACUGUCUCACUUGGCGCGUCGUCGGCAAGCCUUUUGUAGCGCGGCCACUAUCAACGAGAAGGCACAGUCUUCUACAUCCAAGAUGGUGCUCAUCGAUAAAAACUUCUUCCCCCAUCGAAAGCUGAUAAACUCAGCAGAAAGAAAAAGUCCUCGAACUAGACGAACUCCCGGUAAGAAGACACCAGCCGGUAAAACUCCAGGUAAAAAGACUCCAGCAAAAACACCUAAGACAAAGAGCGGAGGGUCGAGUCGAAAGAAAGCUAUGCGUCGAUUGUUGAUGGACUCCGACUCCUUAAUAAAGAGCCAACCCUCACGAGAAACCUCUAAAAGAGCUCUGUUUAUUAGUCCAGAGAAUAAGAAAACUAUACCAGCAACAUGUUCAUCAGUUCCCCACCAGGCAAUGAAGUCUAAAAGAGCAUUAUUCGGAUCACCCGUUAGACAAGCUGAAACCAAAAGCUUGGACGGUACCUCAAGUGAUCACUUUUUGAAGAGGAAACGGGACUCCUUGGACGAUAUACCAGAAACCAAUAGGAGUAAAAUAGCAAAGAGUUUGUCUUUUGGAGGAGAUACGAUUAACCCUACACAUACAUUAACAUUUAAUCGUCGAGCUUCGGAAAUGUCAGCCACGAAGAGUAUGGCCGAACUGAAUGAGACACAUAAGAAGAAGCUGCUGUGGGCGGUGACGGAGGCGCUGCGGCUGCACGGCUGGCGCAUGUCGUCGGCCGGCUUCCGCGAGAAGGCGUCGUCGCUGGCGCGCCUCACGCGCCGCCUGCUCGCGCUGGCGCCGCACGCCGCCAAGCUGGCUGCGCCCACGCUGUCCACGUCCGACACCAUGUUCAAACUUGCUCGUCAAUACGUAUUCCCGAUCAUCCAAGGCCGUACAGUCGAAGAAUGCUUUCAAGACGAGCAGAUCAAACUCGCAAACGAAAGCAACAAGAUAUCUGGGUACAUAUCCGCAAGCGCCUACCAACUAAUAAAAUCAAAGCAAGUCACGUCGACUUUCACGUCCCAAAUCAAAGAGAACACAUGCAAUGAGAGCUCUUUGAAACAGGAACAGCCGAGAAGUGGUACCAAGAAUGUGCUGCAAGACAAAUUAGUUAAUAUCGAUACUAACUCGAAUAGCAGCAGUGGCUUUAGCACGUUAGAAAAAGCAGGAGUUUAUAAAUCAAACUCUAUGCCUUCGUUUGAAGAAGCGGCGAAAAUGAGAGCCCGCAGGCAAAUCAGUUUUGACAAUGUAGACUUUCCUAAACGAUGAAGUGUUUAAUCUGUGCUUUUGAUUUUUAUUGACUAUUAUUUAUUUAAAAAAAAAAUAAGUUUAAAACUCACAGCUUCUAUGAUUUGUGACGAGCAUUUUAUGUUUCUAAAAAACCUUAACUUAAACAGUAAUUUACAAAACUCAUAUGUACUUCCCUUUAUUGUAAUAAUUAUAAUAUAACUUUAUGUUAUUAUUUAGCAUGAAUAAUGAGGGUGAUUUUUCUACCUAGCUGACUUAUGUUAAAGCCAUCUAUAUCUUCUCACCCAAAGUGAUUUUUAUAUGAACGACGACUAACUGAAUUUUACAUUAUUGAGCUUCAUUCAGUCAAAUUAUUUGGAAAUAGUGCACAAAACUAAAAUAAAGCAGCAUCGAGUCAUUUCAGUUUAACAGAUCAUUGAAACAUUUAACAGAUUUAAAUCCAGCGUAGACUAAUAUAGUUGUAUAUGGCUAUUUUUAAACAAUAUAAUUGUCUCUCUGUAUGUUAUUUAAUAUCAUUAGCUUUUGAGUGAUUAUGACAUGUUGUAUAUAUAUUGUGUAUGGCAUACAUGUCGGACAUAGUUAUAAUUGUGAACUGUAGUCAAUGUGUAGUUAGUACUUAAAUGUGAAUUAAUAUUAAAGAUUAACAAACUAUAUUCUUAUUGAUCUGUAUUACUUCGAUGGACUUAAGUGUAAGUUUCAUUUAUAUUUUGAAACAAUUACAAUUGUGAAUUGAAUAUCCAACAAAUUGAAUUAAAUUUAAUUGUUCAUAGCACAAAUAUAUUUAGAGAUAGAUAACGCAGGAUCAUCUAUUUUCCGUGUUAAUUUUGUGCAAUAUUAUUACGUUGCAACGUUCAGUUGUCGACUGCUUUGAAGUAAUAUGUGAAUUCUAAAUAUAAAAAUCUAUAGCGCCAUUUUGAACUGUAAAAGUUCUUCAAAAGUUGGCUGAGUAAUUUAAGAUCGUCGGUAACUAGUAUU